AUGAACAGCUUACCGAUUGAGGUCCUCACCAACAUAAUUUCUUACUGUCCUACCGGUCGUCCUUCGAGAUCUCACCAAUGUCUUGGACCAUACGCGCUGGUCUCGAGACAAUGGCAACAAGUUGUUGAACGACGUGUCUUUAGCUCCCUCAAAUUGAGGAGCUCUGAGUUGGACUUCUUCAAUACUUUAUAUAGCGCUGGCGGGGGCCGAGAACACCGCAGAUCUGCUCUAAGAAAACUCAGGUUUAUCAUUGAAUCUAUACCUGGCACACACGAGGCGUUGGAGUCGGAACCCCCAUCUGAAAGGGCGGCUGCCAGAUACAGAGAUACGGAGAUUGCUAUGCACGUCCUUGGAAAGUUGUACUCGGUCUUGAGCUCCUGGUCACUCAAAAAAGCUAUCAUCCUCGAGAUAGAAUUCCCGCCAGAGACUUGCCUAUCAAAGUCUGCGAUUGAUUUGAUUUCCACGACCGAGCUCGUCAAGCGAUUCGAGUUCCAUAGUACAGCCCAACGAGAUCCAAUUUUGUUGGUCCACAUCGCCGCUCGGAUGCAUGACCUACAGGAGAUCAAAUGGGAGUUAAAUGACUACGAUAAAAGUAUAAAUUCGGUCUCCCGGCGCAAAGCGCGCUACGACUUUGCCAAGCAACUACGAUCGCUUGUAGAAACCUGUUCAUCGCUGAGGACCAUCGAGCUUCGUUUUGUCAAUGAAACACCUGCUGACGAGAGCAUCGUCGUCCCUAGCAUCUUGCUCCCGCGCAUAUCACUGGAUCAUCUGAGUGAGUCCCUGAAGCUGCUAUCCUCGAUGACACGAUUGACAACGCUUGUUCUCCACAGCGUUGUCAUCUCAGAGCAGUUCUUUGAGCAGUCCAAGUCAUCUCCCAAAACACCUAUGUGGCCUAGUCUCAGUCAUGUAAAGAUCAACUACAGCCCAAUGGUAGCCGACGGUGGUUGGUUCUUCGAGCAAGAACCCAGCUCGGAAGACGUCGAACGGUUUUGGGGGUUAAUCUCUCGCCGAAUCGCGCUGGAACGCAUACACAAAACUCAAGAAGACAAAGCCAAAGUCAUUGACUUUGACCAAGAAUAUGACUCUGAACCCGAUGAGCAUGAAGAUCAGAUCGAUGACGAAGAUGGAUACCUUUCCGACACAGAGUGGGCCGAUCCGUUCAGGAUUUGGCCAUCCCAAAGACUCGAAGCUAUGCUCACCAUGAUGGCGCAAACAGCUGCACAAAUGCCUGCUUUGAAGGUCUUUGCAGCCGGGUCCGAUGCGCCAAGCUGCGCACCAUACCAGUCGUUCCAAUUCUGCUAUCUCAUGCCAGGUGAAACCCAUGCAGAUGAUCUUUGGAAUUUCCCUCGCGAGGAUCAACACAAACAUAAACGAAGACUGUAUUGGCAAGUACCGAGGUCAUGGCGUAUGCAAGACGACCUGGAACUAGCCUGGAGACAUUUACUUGGUCCAGAAAGCAUUAUAGAUUAUCGUGAUUGGAACACUCAUGAGCAUUAA